GAGGAGUCAAGAAACAUUUGAUUACUCUUGAAUAAACUCCUUCUGAUACCAAUUUCAAGUUAUCGACAAAGUUGCCAUGAAAAUCCCAUGUCGUGAGCCUCAUUCAGAAAGCAUUGAAGCUAUCGAUAUAUCGAAUUUUAUAGCGAUAGAUCGGACAUGAAAAAAAAACAUUUUUAUUGGUAAAUAAAGAAAGAAAGUCUUCUCUUCGACAAACACUCGUUUGUUUUUAUUUGUUUAAUGUUAUUUUAUUCCGUUCUUGUUUGGACAACAAUAUUUUACUAACAUAAUGAGUGAUUACGGACCUGAUUGUGGUGGACGGAUCAAAGGUGUAACUAUUGUCAAGCCGAUUGUUUAUGGUAAUGUUGCUCGGCAUUUUGGUAAAAAACGAGAAGAAGAUGGCCAUACACACAGCUGGAAUGUUUAUGUUAAACCAUUUCAGAAUGAAGACAUGUCAACUUAUGUUAAGAAAGUCCAUUUCAAAUUACAUGAGAGCUAUACUAAUCCAAACAGGAUCGUAACUAAACCACCCUUUGAAGUAACUGAGACUGGUUGGGGGGAAUUUGAAGUCUCGAUAAAGUUAUACUUUAUGGAUCCAAAUGAAAGACCUAUCACCAUUUAUCACAUUCUUAAACUAUUUGAAACGGACCCUAUAAGUAAACAAAUCAACAUUAAAAAGUACAUCAUCUCUGAAUUUUAUGACGAGAUUAUAUUCCAAGAUCCAUCAGCUAUGAUGCAGCAGUUGUUGACAAAUACUAGGCAGUUAACCAUAGGACCUUAUAAACAUGAGACUGAUUUUGAAGACAAAAAAACAAAAACCAUUGCAUCAAUCCAAUCAGCCAAAAUUAAAGUUAAAAGUGAAAUUGAAGAAUUGAAGGAUAGACUAAAACAAACACAGACAACUAUAGCUAAACUAAAGGAAAAUAUUUCCAGUGCUGAAGCAAAACAAGAACUAGAAAAGAAGCAGCAAGCUCAAUUACAACAACCAGCAACUCCACUAACAACAACGUCUGAUUCUCAACAAUCACAGUCACAGCUUCAACAACAACAACAACCUCAACAGGAAUCACAACCACAAUCACAACAACUACAAUCUAAGCAGCAACAGCAGCAACCAGAGCAACCAGGACAUCCUCAGGAUGAACCCAUGCAACAAGUACAAGUAAUGGAAAAUAUCGCUGAUCUUCAGCCUGUUACUCAACAAGAAAUCCUUAAACCACAAACGGAAUCCAAACAAACAGUCGAACCAGUUCAACAGCAACCAGAGUCCUCAUCAAUUGAACUGUCACAACCAUCUGAAGUAUCACAAGAAAAGGAAGUAAAAGUAGACGAACCUAUGGAACAACAACCUGCAACAGUCCCGACUGAACAAUUGCAAACUGACUAAAUAAAUUUGAUUAUUUUUGUAAA